AUGCAAGAUUAUACUAAGUGGUACUAUCAUGGAGAACCCCAUGAAUUAAAUGAGCACAUUGGUGAUGAAGAAAUGUCAGACAAUGAUCAUCUGGAUGGUAUUGAUGCCUUGGUGGAGGAUCAAAUUAGAGGGGAACCAAAAGAUACCACCCAGCAAGAUGAGGAAGUGCGUAAUUUUGAUAAAAUGUUUAGUGAUUCAAAGCAUGAGCUGUAUCCAGGUUGCACAGAUUACACUCUUUUGAAGUUUGUCAUUGAAAUGCUAAAUGUGAAGGUAACAACCAACUUGAGUAAUAAGGGGCUUGACAUGAUACUAGACUUGUUGAGUAAGAUUUUACCGAAAGGUAACUUGAUUCCAAGGUCAACUUAUGAAGCAAAGAAGAUAUUACGUGACUUGAGCUUAUCAUACGAGCACAUUCAUGCGUGCAAAAAUGAUUGUGCUCUCUUUUGGAAGGAAAAUGAAAACCUUGAUAAAUGUCCGGUGUGUCAAACGCCUAGAUACAAGGAUAACAGAACAGGUGGUAAGAAGAUUGCUCAAAAAGUAUUGCGCUACUUUCCAUUGACUCCGAGGUUGCGGAGAUUAUACAUGUCUAGAAAAAGAGCUGAGGACAUGAGAUGGUACAUAGAAAAACAGGUGAAUGAUGGGAUAUUAAGGCAUCCAGCUAAUAGUCAGGAGUGGAAGGAGUUUGAUUUGAAACAUCAUGAGUUUGCCCUAGAACCUCGCAAUGUGAGGUUAGGAAUGGCUACAAAUGGUUUUAAUCCUUUUGGGAAUAUGAACAAUAACUACAGUAUGUGGCCUGUCAUCCUCAUUCCCUAUAACCUACCACCUUGGUUAAUUAUGAAAGAACCUUAUUUUAUGAUGUCCUUACUUAUUCCUGGACCCAAUCAACCAGGAAAUGAGCUUGAUGUUUUCUUGAGACCAUUGGUUGAUGAGUUGAAGGAGUUGUGGGAAGAGGGUGCACACACUUACGAUGCAUCUUGUGGUAUGCAUUUUCAGACGCGUGCUGCUUUGUUGUGGACAAUACAUGACUAUCCUGGAUUCAAUAAUGUGUCUGGAUGGAGGACAAAGGGUUAUCAUGCUUGUUACACUUGCAAUGAUGAACCAUAUUUGGAGACAUUGGAAAGUAAAAUUGGAUACACUAACCAUCGUGCCUACUUGCCUAUGGACCACCCUUGGCGAAGGAGUUGCUCAUUCAAUGGUAAAAUUGAGAAACAGAUGAGAUCAUUGGAGUUACCGGUGGAAAAGAUAAAUGAGCAAUUUGACCGAAUGCCAAAUAUAAUUUUAGGAAAGGAUCUAAACAACAAGAAAAAGCGUCCAAUUAUUGGGGGACCGAAUUGGUCAAAGAAAAGUAUCCUAUACAAGCUACCAUACUGGAGGAAUAAGAAGCUUAAACACAAUAUUGAUGUCAUGCAUGUUGAGAAAAAUAUUAGUGAGAGUACAUUCAGAACUUUGUUGGGAAUUGAGGGGAAAAACAAGGACACAGACAAGGCACGCAAGGACUUGAAAAAUAUGGGCAUAAGGAGUGUUUUGCACCUCCAAGAACGUUCUGAUGGAUCAUUUGACAAGCCUCGUGCCUUCUUUUCAUUGUAUCCUGAAGAAAUGGAUGGUUUUUAUGAAUUUUUGAAAUCAGUCAAGUAUCCAGAUGGCUAUGCAGCAAACAUAUCGAGGUCGGUGAACACAAGAAAUGGUAGACUAUUAAAUCUGAAAAGCCAUGACUGUCAUGUGCUAUUAUAG